UGAUUUGAACAUUAAUUUAUGAAAUAUUGAAGUAAAAUCGUAUAAAACCUAUGGACGAUAGACAUUUCCAGCACGCAACAAUGAAAGAAUCUGUAAUUAAAUCAAGCAACGCAAGAUCCCGUUAUAGACAAACUCGUAGACGUCGAAAUUGUCCUCGUAAUAGUUUAAAGAGAAAUUUUAAUGACGUUGAAAACUCAACCGGCGACGAAAGUGCAUACUCAAAUUCAGAAGUGUUAAGGCGUGCUGGAUAUGUUUUGAUCCAGUGAAGAAGCGAUAUUUUAAAAUACCAAAUGGUUCAGAUCCUGCCUGCUUUUUAAACAAGAUAUCUGUUGAGAAAGUUGAAAGAAGUACGAAGCAUAAGAUAUACGUUUUUCAGAAUGGAUCAAGCUUACGGAAUUUGAUCAAACGACAUUAUUUUCCUUACAACAACGCUAUGAAACGUUUGAACAUGGAAGAUUGGGCAAGGAAUGUUUUUGAAAGAAAAUCAGUUGAAUUAUAUUCACCUCAUCCUGAUCCAAGAUUUAAAAAAACUCUGACAAACAUGGCUUUAUCAGAGUAUUAUGGAAAGCUUGCUACAAUAUCAAAACUUUCUUGUCUUGGCUGCACUACGGUUCAAAUCCAUGAUAUCAAGUAUGAUUGCAAAAAGUUCAUUAAACCUACAAUUAAUGCUUCAAUAGUUUGCAGUGAGGCAACACAUAUUGAAUGGAGUCCUCAUUGUAAUUUUAAAAAUUACUUUUUACUAAAUAGUCUGGGUUGCUCAUCAUCCAAAGGCAGUGCAAUUGUUUGUAAAUUUAACGAGUCUUUACAAUCGUGUGAAUUGACCAGUUAUCCUCUAUCACAUGGUACUGCCUGGUAUAGCACCUGGUGUAGGAAUCCUUUCUUUUCUUCUUUUAUUGGCAUAGCUGGAAGCAAGGAAGCUAGAUUGGUGGACUCUGAAAAGAAAUGCACUGUAUUUAAUAUAAAAUCAUCCAGUGAUGUUUUGUGUUUAGGGUUUUCUAAGAUGACCUCCCUAGGUUAUUUAGGAUGUCGCAAUGGUUACAUUAUGUGUGUCGAUAUAAGAGCAGGAGACAAGAACCAGAAGAAAUCGUUUUUUGUUUCACAAAGAACCUCACCAACUGCCGUUACAUCAAUAAAAGUCAUGACAGACGAAAAUUAUUUGAUGGCAAGCAAUAUUAAUGGAUUGAUUCAAAUGUGGGAUGUCCGUGUUACUAAUCCUGUGAAGAAAUACUCCGGAAAUGUCAAUGAAUCAAAACAGAUUCCAUUUGUGUUAGAUUCUUACGAAAAUCUACUUGCAUCCGCUGGACAAGAUGGAAAAGUAAGAAUUUGGAGUGCUCAAACAUGUGAACUGCUCAAAACCAUUGACACAACAGGAACCACAAACGAUGAUGUCAUAAAUAUUCCACCUGUGUGUCUGGGAGAGAACUGGGCACAAUGUAAUGGUAGACUUGCAUUUGGAUUAGGUAUUGAUGAUAAGUUACAGAUGUAUUUUUGAAUCAAAGAAUUAUAAUCAUUGAUUUAAUACAGUAAACACAUAAAUGAAAAUGUUCCCCAAA